CUGUCCGAGAUGAAAUCCUGAUGAUAUUUUUGACCAGUGUCCAGUAACGUCGCCUACAGUGACCUAAUACCUGAAGCAAAGCUGGGGCGGAAAUGUAUUGGUGAAUGCCAUGUUCUUAAUGCUGAAUAUUGAUCGAUCCGCCUCGUACAGCGUUCUGAUUAGCGGAGGCUGCACUUGCGGCGUUGCCAUGGAGAUGAUGUCAUCGUCUGCAUUAUGUUUAUUGAUUAUUCCAGCGAGAAGACAAAGCUGAUGAAUGAUGGUGGCACUGCUUGAGUGUAUCUAGGCCGCCAUUUUCAGACCAGUCGCUGUGAACGUCGGAAUUACCACUUGUUCGAGUGGAGGGAGACUCGGGAGGGAUAUCGUACCGUCCCUCUACACAGAGUGAGCCACCCAAAACGAGUCGGAACCUCCAUCUUUACAGUGUCCCGAUUCUGUCGCGUUCGUGAUCAGGAAUUACAUUAACGAUGGGAACGGUGUUGUCGUUUUCUCCCCGACCCCGGAAACCUCUGUACGAAGACAUUAACCUCAACAACUUUAACUAUGAGGUUCUUCACAACGUCAAGAACCAAGCCAAGGAUAAGGAGAAAGAAAAGGAGAAGAACCUAAAACGUCACUCCAUCUUCCUCAGUGCGCUCAGCUGGAAGAAGUUUACUGUGAACAGCAAGAAGAAGGAAAAGGGUCUUAUCAAACUCUCCAACACAACGUUCCUUGCCAGUAAGUUUGACAAUAACUGUAACAUUGAGAAUGUUAAUAUCAACAAAAACAUCCAAAAAUCCAUAUCUUGCUAUAACCUCAAAACCGGAAUCGAUGAAAGUCAAUCUCAGCAUUCUAACCUUGUUAAGAAGGUAGAAAAAUGUCUCAGUCCCAAGCGGACGGUGAUUCAAGCCUCCACAUCAGAACUGUUGAAAUGUCUGGGGGAAUAUUUAAAGAAGAAGUGUAAAAAAUUACGUCAUUUUGAGGCAAGUGAUGUAAUUAUGUGGCUCCGAAGCGUUGACAGAUCUCUCCUCCUUCAAGGGUGGCAGGAUGUCGCCUUCAUCAACCCGGCAAAUGUUGUGUUUGUGUAUUUGCUUAUAAGAGAUAUGGUCACCAGUGAUAGCGAGUCGGAACAUGAUCUACAGGCCACUGUUCUCACGUGUCUAUAUCUCUCCUACUCAUACAUGGGCAAUGAGAUCAGCUACCCUCUGAAACCAUUCCUAGUGGAAGAUGACAAAGACCGAUUCUGGGACAGAUCUCUUGUCAUAGUAAACAGGCUGAGUCCCAGUAUGCUACGGAUUAACAGAGACCCAAGCUUCUUUACUGAGAUUUUCACAGAACUUAAGUCCUACUCCCCCUGCAUAUGACAGACUGGAUUCGACUGUAAACAAACAAGAUCGAUAAACUGAUACGGACAGUGUGCCGACCUGGUCUGUGUGACAUAGCCAGGUAAAGGCUUGGUUUGUCUUGGGGACAUCUAUGAACAACAUGAAUGUGAUACAGACCACAAAUGUGACUUUAGAGGAACAUGUUUCCCUUUUUUGGAAGUACAACUGCCCCUGAUUGCCUGAAGGCCUCAUUUUCCAAAGAUACAUACCUGGUUAUUACGUGAAUCAACCUCUAGAACAUUUCAAUUAUCAGCAACGCAGUUGUUCUUGUUUGUCUAGACUCUGACACGGGAACAGAUCUUAAUCACGAUCUGAUAACAACCAGCCAAUCCAGUAAUGAUGCCGUGGGUUGGACCAGUGACAAGCGAUGAUGUAACCCUAUUUUCUAGUCAGUUCCAUUUUGAAGAACAAAUCUGCCUGAAAAAUGCUGAUAAUAUUGGCUAACAAAAUGGCGGACGUGUAGCAGACGAUAUAACAUAGACGACGCUUCCAAAAGAUAUGCUGUGAAUAUAUUUUAUUAUAAUGUGUGUUUAUCCCCAAAUCCAAGACCGUGGCUUCUUCGAGAUAACAUGACGGUUCCGGAGCAGACGACAACUGGCUCGAAGUUCAAGACACAGGACAUUUUCAUAUGGUGAUAAGAACACGAAACGACAAUGCUAUCUCUGAGAAUGUCCCGAUAAAGGGGAGUACAGUAUUUCCAGUGAAACAGAUCCAUGAAACAUCUAAGCUGGGAACCAUGUAUUAGUUACCACAUGCGUGCAGUCGUAUGUUUAAAGUUGACGGGAAAAUCAAUAUGCCAGUAUACCGCUUGUGAUGAAUGAAUAAUAUUUAUACAAAACAGCAGAAUUGUGUUACUUCAUGGGUAGUCAAUGUGCGAUACUGCUAUCAGAUGUUCACGUCUCUUGGCGAUUGACAGUAGACAUAAUAAUGGAAGGACGUUGCAUACCGUCGAUAAAUGAUGACGUCUUGUUCCAAAGACGUUUCGGUGUUCGCCGAAACCAUUCCAGCGUUGAGUGUUCUACAGUCGCCGAAAUCAAUAACGGCCGCGGGCGAGUCCUCGCCGUUCAAUAGCACUCCCGUGUUGAGCAUUCCGAUAGAUUUUUGCACUAUGGCUGGUGUUGAAGGGUUACAAGAUGUAAUAAUGUGUGCGAGAUGGACGCCUUGGGACGUCUCACGGGAGUGAGAAUUGAGACAUUCCUACUGUUAUCAUUUAAUAAGUUGAUUUCAUGUCUCUUUAUAUCGAUCAUGUUAAUACCUUUUUAACUAACGUGGAUCCUAAAGAACUCCACAAAGUAUAAUGUGAUUGUUACUUUGUGUAAUUGUUUACAUCUGAAUCCAAUAUUUACCUUAUCCGGAACCUGUUAAUGGAUACUUAUAUGUGAAAUUUGUAUUAAUUUGUUUUGAAAAUGAAAACAUGAAAUACUAAGUUUAUUUGUUAUAUGAUACAACAAAUUUCAUUUCGUGCAUGAAGUAAAAAAUGAACUUGAUAGCGAAUUUUGUUUGGGUUGGGAGUGGGGUGGGAUUUUCAACUCGACUCUUUCCCUUGCUAGUUGAACCUGUGAUUGUCAUACGUUUGUUUUAUAUUCAGAAAAUCAAAGAAGGGUACCUCAUGGCCAUAAUUAUUUGUGAAUAAUUGUAAUGACAAUUUAAACAUUGUCCCGUUUGCUUCGUGGAUAAUUCUGACGUUGUAUGAGGACGUCGAGUGUCAAGGUCACACAUGACGUCAUAAACCCGCCUAACGUUUUGUGGCAUAUGUCGUUAGGUAUGUCGUGUCUCUGUGACUUGAAGCCAAACAUGUGUCCACUGUACCACCCAACAAGCAAUGUACCAGUGGACGCGGUCUUCUCAUUAUCUUUCAUACAAUCCAUUUAUAGGCAGAUGUCUGAAUGUACCUCCAUGUUUUCAUUUCACUUGUGAUGUAUAGUUGAUAUUCUUAAAGGGGCAUUGCUGGUUUAAAGCUAUAAUACAUUAAUCUUUGUCACAUAUUAACAUAAACUAUGUCGCAUUGUUUUGGGUCGUAUUGAUGUACAGUGUUUUGUGACUUUGUCUCUUUCCUAACGUUUCCACCGAAUAUUCCAAAGACUAAAAUAUAUUUAAAUACAUGUAACCAAUCUAUGAUUUAUAUGUCAUACCCACAGACCGGCCAUUUGAAACAGAUGUGACUUAUUAGAAAUAUUCACAAAAACUUUAAAAAAAAUUCAUAAUGUUCAUUGGCUUGAAAAUAAACGUGUUGUAGUUUAAAAAAUGGCAUGGCUGUUUUGAAGCAGUGUCGUCACAAAAACAGAAUUCCUUACCCUCCUGAUCUGAUAUUAAAUGGGCGGUCCCUAAUUAUAUAAACAAUUUAAUCAGAAAUUAGAAUUCGAUUUUUUGUAAUUAUCUUGUUUUACCAGUAAAGAUAAGAUUUGAAAAACGCCAAGAUUGGCAGAGAUCAUGUCAUUACAUAAGCUUACACUAAAUCAUUAGUGCCCCUUUGAAUAUGUACAUUGUUGUUUAUUUAGACAAUCAGUCUGCGAGACAAUGCCUCUUGUGACAUUCAGACAUCUGAAACAUUUUCAUGCCAUGAAGGAGGAGAAUUUGGGCGAGUGUGGGUCUGACUGUGCGCGUGUGAAGUACCCCCCUAUAAAGACGCCAUGCUCAACUUUUUACCAACCAUUAUAUGUUCAUUGUACGAAUGUGUAAAUGUAAAUGAGAAAUGUAUCAUGAAUAUUUUGAAAUGCAGAGUUUCAGAUCUACCUAUGUUAAAAAUAUGUUUACUAAUAAGAAUGUAAAAUUAUUUAAUUAUAUUUCUUCAUGCGGUGGUGAUGUUUUUGCUUCAUAACUCUAAUCCGAAAGUCUAAAUCCAUCUUUUUUCGUUUCGGAAUCAAACAGCGUUUGACGAUGAUGGCAUUUGGACUUUUUGACAACUUCCGUUUCAGGCAACGUGAAACGAUCUUGUUUCUCUUCCUUUUACUCCACCAAAAAUGGGUAGGUAGGUAGAAUUUUCAUUAUACGUAUAUAUUUAUAUUUCGUAUUAUGAAACAAAACGUAAGUAAGGAAAAUGGCAUCGUAAUGGGACGCAAGCACACAUUUUGUCACGUAGUUGUGAAAUAUUAUGAAACAAGAUUUAAUCACUUUCAUUUUUCCUCAUUAUAUUUCAGAAUUAGUCUUAUUCUCAAAACAUCAAUUCAUGACUUCAUCUGAUGACCAUCAAAACUGAUCUGAUACUUGUGUCGUUAUUGAAAUUUGAUUUAAUGUUUUUGAUUGAAAUCGUCUAUGUUAGGCAUUAAACGAUCGUGAAUAUUUCACCGCCGUCACGGCUGCGAGCAAUGCACGUGCAGCUGUUACAUGCUUUUGUCAAAUUCAACUUGGUAAUGCAUUGUUUGGAAAAAGUUUGUCAUAUUUUGCAUAUUUUAACAUAUUCGUUCCUUUUAAAAAAUAUAAUGUUUAGUUUUUAAGAUACAGGGGAAAUUUAACAAUGUUAAAGAUUAAGAUGUCGUCAGUACACAUUCACACAUUAACAUAUCACAAUGUGGAUGAACCAGAUAAUCCUCAAUAACAAUGCCCACCGUACUUAAUUUUCUGUCAUUUACGAAAUCAAAAUAAUUUUAUAGACCAUUUUACUUUAUGUUUGUAAUUGUUAAUGCUUAUUUUUUAUAAUCAUUACAACAAUGUAGGAUGAGUCAAAAUCAUAUUCUUACUGAUGAAUUUUAAAAUCAGCGAGGACAGUUGGAUUUGAAUCUCAAUGUAAAUAAAUACCUCAACGACAAUAUAUAUCAGUAUAUGUAUAUUCUCAGUUAAAAUCGUACAUUACGUACUUACAUGAUAGUGGAACCUCGUUCAUACAACAUAUUUCGAUUGAUCAAACGUGUCUAGAUUGACGUUAACAGAUUUAAAAGUAUACAAUCAUAUCAUUGAAAUAUUAAUAUCCAUGAAAUUCGCAUGGAAUAAAUUUGGUUUAACAAGGUUCCACUUGUAGAGAAGACCAGAUUAAGGAGAUUCGGUUUCACAAAAGCCCGAAAAGCCGACGAAUGUAAACAUUAAUAUUUUGUGGCUUUGCUGGUAAUGUGUAAGGCCUAAUUUGUCUGGCCUUGAGAUGUGAGUUGAGUGUCUCGUUAUAGUCUCGUUAAAAGUCUGAGAGUUGAAUGUUGCAUGCGAGAAGAGAAAUUGUGAUAUCUGGCGUGCAGCUCUCUUACAUAGUGUACAUUGUUCUUGGUUGAAAGUUGCUUUGCUGUUUACAGGAAUAUUUGUACGUUUUGUGUUUGUCCCCGUUGCAAGACAAUAAACGAUGAAUUAAUAUA